AUGGCCGUGGCCGGCCAUGGGCGGCACCGCGGCGGCGGCGCGUCUCCUCGCCGGCGAGGUCCGGCCGGCGGGGCAGCGGGGCGGUCCGCGGCCAGGACGGGCGGAGGCGCACGCGGGGCGACGGCGGCGCGCAAGGGCAGGGAUGGCGGCAGCGCGCGGUGUUCUGCCGGCGGCGGCUCAGACCGGCGGAGGUGCGGGGCGAGCUCACGCCCAGGGAGCCCAGACGGCCCUAGGGCGCGCGGCGGCGCGGCGCUAGCCCGCGUCAGGGCAGCCCGUGGCAGCACAGUCGGCGGCGCAAGGCGGCCACGGCGGCGCAGCGGCGCACCGGCGCCGGCUGCCGCGGAAUCCGAGGGGAAAAUGGUCAGGGAGGAGGAGGAGGUCGCGAGGAACCUCACCAUGCGCUCGAAUCGAGCUAAGGAGGGUCGGGAGAGGAAGUUCGACGGGAGGGGUGGAGCUCCGGUGGUGGCAAUGGCGGCUAGCGGUCUGCGGGCCCGAUUCCGGCCGAGGAGCGGCUCAAUCGAGCUCGAGAAGGUGUGGUGGAGCUUCGGGGCGAGGCUAGGGAGGUCGGGGCGCGAAGGAUUGAAGCGGAGCGGCAAGGGGGUGGUCGGAGCGGCGAGCGGCGACGAGCUCCGCUUGUGCUCGGGCUCGGCUUGA